CUAUUAUAUGUAGUGUGUUGAUUUUAUAAAAAAAUUUAAUUAAAUUUAAAAUUUAAAAUGGGGAAAUUUUUAAAAAAAGUUAUUUCAAUUAUUAUUUUUAUUUUAUUAGAUUCCAUGUUUUGUACAGAAAAAUCGUCUUUCAUGCCAAAUCUUCCAGUCGGAACAUUUAAAAUCAAGUUCAAAGUUGCUUCUAUUUGCAAUGAUUCAAUAGAUUAUCCCUUGAAAUUUAAAUAUUUUAUUUCAAAGCCUACUCCGACGCAGACUCUAUUAAAGGGUAAUGUUACUCUGAAAAAUCCGUUUGACGACAGAUUAUAUUUCAACAUGAACCUAGCCGUUUGGUCGAAAAUUGGAGGAUGGAAAGAUAAUGCUUUUAUUUUCAAAAAUAAAGGUGCAUGUUCAAAUAUGAAAUUCAUAUAUGGAAAUGUAUGGAAUGACUUUUUAUUAAAACACCAUUUUACCGAUUGUCCCGUUAAACCAGGUUUCUACAAAGUGGAUGGAUUUGAUCUAUCACAAUUAGCCCAGGCAAAUAUUACGAAACGAUUUUUCUAUGGUACCUAUAAACCAUCAAUAUUUUUCACGGAUGAAAAAAAUGUUCAACAUGGCUGUUUAUUUUUCAUCAUAGAUAUAUUGAGACCAUGGGAGUAAUAUUUUAUUUUCAUUUUUUUUAUAAAUAGUUAAAUAUAUUAUAUAUAAAAAUAUUAAAUAGUGAUAUAGUUUAAUAAUUAAAUAUUAUAUUAAUCCUGCUUUUCUCCAAUUAGUUACUCAUAAAGCUUUAGUUAU